AUGGCGGGAGCUCCAGCAGGGGAAGGGCGCACUGAGUCCACCUGCGCUCGAAGUAGCCUUCUGGCCGCUGUGCGAGAAGAUGGGCGUGCCUUGCAGUAUGCCUCGCCGUAUCAGGGCGACAAGGAGUUGGUCUUGACGGCAGUGAGUCAGCAGGGGUUGGCCCUCCAACACGCUUCGCCCUCCCUGCGUGGCGACGCGGAGGUGGUUCUCACCGCUGUCAAGCAGAACGGCCUCGCCUUUGGAAUGGCCUCCCGGCUGCUGCGCUCCGACGAUGGCUUGCUCCUGGCCGCCGUGCAGCAGAAUGGACUGGCCCUGCAGCAUGCGCUGCGAAGACAAAGAAACUGUUGGCCCAUCGCCGUGGCUGCAGUGGUGCAAUGCGGGCCGGCGCUGCAGUUCGUCUCGCCCUACCUAAGAGACAGCUUGGAGCUCGUCCUCUUUGCGAUACAGCAGGACCCCGCUGCCCUGGACUUCGCCUCGGAGAGGGUCCGUGGGCUGCUCGGGGGAGUCCUGCGUGGUGAGGACCAGUUCUACGGCUAUCAGGGGGAGCCCCUGGAGCGGAUGGCCCGCUCCAUGACCUCCACGGAGAGCACCGCCUCGGAUGUCGACUCUCUUGGGGACGUCAUCAGCAGCGGUGACGAAGCCCAAGACGAGGCGAGCGUUUGGGAGCCCGCCGAGAACUCCAGCAUGCCCCUGGAGGCAUGGCAGCCGCAAUGA